AUGUAGUUGAUGGAUUAACAGCAAAUAGCUCAUUUUACUUGGUUUCUAUAAUAAAAACUAAUUGCUUAAGGUAAUAAUGAAUGGACAUACACUAUAAAGAAAACCUAGCUCAGUAAUUAUAAGUACUAGCACAAAUUCGAAAGCGGCAGACCAAAAAUUGAACUUUUGAAUGGUGAAACAGUUUCAGUGAAUGGUUUUCAGAAAGGAGUUUAACUGAAAAAUAAUAUAAGAACUUCAUAAUAGCAAUAACACGAAGCUACUUUGAGCGAUUUGGAAAUUUGUUGA